AGCUUCUGAUAUUAUUCAAAAAAUAAAUGUGAUUGAGUAAACUCUAUCACAGCGGGCCUGAUGAGAGCAGCUGUAAUCCUUGUAAAAGAACCCUAUCAGGUGUAGAGAUCCCAGGACAUGCAGCCAGGAAAAAAGAAUUCCUGCAGCUUUGCUCCUCCUCUGCUGCUCAGUCACUGUGUCAAUGGAGCACCACAAGGCAGCAAGUACACAGAGUACCAGCCUCUCCUGAUGUACUCUUUUUAAUACUAUUCUUCACCUCCCAAAAAAAAAGGGUUUUCUCUGCUUUGCUCUGUUGUGUAAAGGAGUGUACUUAUUUACCUGGAGAUUAUGACGGUAACUCCUGUGUACAUGUGGGUGUAACUGAAAAGGAUCGAACGCGCUGGUUAGAGGGUCAUCAGGGGAUUUCUCAAAGCCUAAAGGUGAGUUACCUGUGUUACGGACGCGGCACACCCGUAGGGCACACCCCCUGCCAGGUGGCUCAAAUAUGGGAACUCUCAUUCCUGUCACAUCUUCCAUCCAUAUAUAUCUAUUCUGGAAUGUUCAGAGAUAAAGCUGAAAGAGGCCUUUGUCUUCCUGCCUGUUGGCCGCUAUGAUACUGGACCUGGUGGAAUGUGGGUUCUGAGGCUGGUGCUGUGAAUCCAACAUGGAGGUGAAGAAAGAUGAAGGGCCAUGGUCUCCUGCUGCAGCAUCAUCUGGUCCGUCCAAUCCUGCGUGCUACAGGAGCAUCUUGAUAGUCUUCCUCCUAAUCUUCCUCGUCAUCGGGGUCUUUGUAGGCCUGCUCAUUGCAUACUUGAUGCAGGAGCAGCAUUACUUUAUAGAGACAAUGGAGCUGAAAGGUCUGAAGUAUGACCCUGUCCUGCAGGAUGAGAACUCUGGCUUCUCUAUUGUACUAACCUCAGUUCUGAAAUCCAAGAUUCAAAAUGUUUUCAUUGCCUCAUCUGCAUCACAUCACUACAUCAAGUGCAAUAUUGUUGCCUAUGGUAACAUCAACGGUGACGUGAUGGUAACUUUCAGAUUGGUCUUCAGGGUGUCCAAGCUCCAGCAGUAUUCAGACUACUUUAUUCAGGACUUACUGAGAGCAGGUCUCAGCUUGGCGAUGCGCGGGAAGCCACUGGAGGUGCCUCAGUUUGGAGAGAUCAAGGCUAUAAUUUUAUUAGGAGCCAGUGGGAAGUCAUUCUAUGCCAUUGGAGAUGAGUUACUCGCUAGGUGUCGUGACGACACCUUCAUUUGUGAUGACGGGGAAUGUGUCACCAAAUUAAAUCCAGAGUGUGACUUCAUCCCCGACUGUGCAGAUGGCUCUGAUGAAGCUCGCUGCGAAUGCGGCACUCGUCCUGCCUUGGGGAGGCGCAUUGUGGGUGGUGAGGAUGCUCGACACGGGGAACUGCCCUGGCAGGUCAGUCUGAGGCUCCAUGACCAUCACAUCUGCGGGGCCUCUAUCAUCAGCGAGCGUUGGCUGGUCAGCGCAGCCCACUGCUUUGAGAGCCACAAUGACCCCAGUGAGUGGACAGCCCUGGUAGGAGCCAGCAUGGUGAGCGGCGAGGAGCCGGAGUCCAAAACAAUUCACAUCAAGUCACUGGUGGUGUCUCCAGACUACAACCCUCUGACCACUGACUCUGAUGUGACUGUGCUGGAGCUGGAGACGCCUCUCACCUUCAGCCCUUAUAUCCAGCCUGUCUGCCUGCCGUCUCCAGCUCAUGUCUUUUCACCGGGUCAGAGCUGUGUGGUGUCAGGGUGGGGCGCUCUGCAACAGCACCUCACUGACGUGCCUCCCAUCCUGCAGAAGGCUGUGGUGAAAAUCAUCGACUCCAAAGUGUGCAAUAAGUCAUCUGUGUACAGAGGUGCUGUGACACACAACAUGAUGUGUGCUGGAUUCCUGCAGGGGAAAGUGGACUCCUGUCAGGGUGACUCUGGAGGGCCCCUUGUAUGCGAAGGGGCCCCUGGGAGGUACUUUCUAGCAGGGGUGGUGAGUUGGGGUGUCGGCUGUGCCCAACUCAACAAACCUGGAGUCUAUUCUCGGGUAACCAGUCUCCGCAACUGGAUUCUAAGCCACGCAGAUCCCAGUUUGGUCCAAAAUCAUGUCCAGUAUAUCCCCACUGAGCCAGUUACCGUGCCAGGAAGGACCUUUACUAACGUGGAUGUAUCUGAGACCACAGCUACCAAUGAGUCAUUUUCACUACUACUGCCUGUGUCCAACUGCAGUGGAAACUUCCAAUGUAGUGCCAUUUCCUGCAUCAAUAAGGUCAAUCCAGAGUGUGAUGGAGUCACAGACUGCCCCAAUCGGUCUGAUGAAAGAAACUGUGAAUGCGGCGUUCGUCCUGCUUUGGGAUCCCAUCGGAUUGUAGGUGGAGUAACAGCUCGUAGGGGGGAGUGGCCUUGGAUUGGCAGCCUUCAGUACCAAAGACUUCACCGAUGUGGUGCCACACUCAUCCACAACAGAUGGCUGCUCACUGCAGGACACUGCUUCAAAAGUGACCCAAACCCCGCUGGCUGGACUGUGAGUUUGGGUUCUGUGCUGCGCUCUGGGGUAGGAGCUCUGGUCAUCCCCAUCCAGCAGGUCAUCAUCCACCCAGAGUUCAACGGCACAAACAUGGAUCAUGACGUUGCUCUUCUGAAGCUGGCUGUGCCAGCACCAAUGUCCUACACCAUCCAGUCCGUCUGCCUCCCCUCACCAGCGCACCGCUUCCUGAAGACUGCAGAAUGCUAUAUUGCGGGUUGGGGAUCCAUGAGGGAAGGAGGCUCAUUGACAAACUUGCUCCAGAAAGCUGCAGUGAACGUCAUCGACCAGUCAGACUGCCAGAAACCGUACGGAAAUGUUCUGACUGAAAAUAUGAUGUGUGCUGGUUACAUGGAAGGAGGCAGAGACACCUGUCUGGGAGACUCCGGAGGCCCGCUGACUUGUCGUCAGAUUUCAGGCCAGUGGUUUGUCGCGGGGGUGACCAGCUGGGGACACGGAUGUGGGCGAAUAGGUUUUCCUGGCGUUUACACUCGUGUAACAUCUAUCAGGAAGUGGAUAGCCAACUAUCUGCCUUUCUGACAUGCCACAAACUCCAACAAGAGCAGCUGGAGCCAGAAAAGCAUUGGUGAGCGACAUGGAGGAAGUGGACUUUCAAGAGCAUCAUCUCAAAGUCACGUCUGCAGACAUUCCACCCCAUAUACUCAGUUUUCACCAGUAUUGACCUGCGUGGCCUACAGGUCAUAGGUCUGUUCGUAAUACUGUGUAAUUAUCAGGUUUCACAAGUACUGAAUAAAAAUGGAGAACCCUGAAGUGACAUUCAUGGACAUACUACCAACACAUGCAUGAAGUAUUUAUUUCAGCUAUUUAUUAUCUUGCCCGGUUGCAUGGGCCUGCGUUGUAUGCUUUUCCCCAUUUUGUGUUCCAUGCAGAAUAUGUCAUUCUUUUAAUGGAAUUAUUUGUAUCUAGAGGUAGAGAGAGGAA